AUGUACAAAAACAGAAAUGAAAAAAAAAAAACAAUUCGGAAGGAGCGACAUGACAUUGCGGUGUCGCGAGAAUCACGUCGGCGGCGGUCCGUUUAUGUAGCGGAGACCCAGCGCGAACGACCACUUGUAGUUGUUCUGCAGGUCACAGCACUGAGGUUCCAGCCAGUCGACCGACCACAGGAUCAUGACGAUCAAGUAGAACGUGCCGGCGAUCCAGCUCAUGCGCCUGAAACGUGCGUUGCUGUUGACAGGCGUUUCAGCGAUAGGUUCCUCCGCCGCUACGUCCGCGUCGACACUGCAAAGGACAAAACACAAGAGUACAUUAUUAGUAUGACGUCGGAAAACUCGUAUGAUGGCAAUGUGGCAUAUACGGUUUAUACUGCAGCCGAGUAA